AUGCCGACGGUUUCUCCGGAGCAAGAUGCCGAGAAGAUUACUCCGUCUACCCCGGUAGCCACUAUGGCUGCCGAGGCCAAUCGGGCCACGCAAACAGAACACAAGAUGGGCCUAUGGCAGGGUAUUCGUACCUACCCACAUGCUGUGGGCUGGUCGGUUCUAUUUUCAUCCGCACUCAUCAUGGAGGGAUACGAUAAUGCGCUGAUUGCAAGUCUAUUUGCGUAUGGGCCGUUCCAGAAGGACUUUGGCGACAAGCUGACUGAUGGGACCUACCAAAUCACUGCUGCAUGGCAAUCGGGCCUUACCAAUGGCGCCCUGGUCGGAGAGCUCAUAGGUUUGCUCAUCAACGGCGUUAUUGCCGAGCGCUUUGGCUACAAAAAGAGCAUCAUUGGCUCUUUGAUUGCCUGUGUCGCUUUUGUAUUUAUCUUCUUCUUUGCGAAGACCUUGACCGUCUUACUUAUUGGGGAAAUUCUCAUUGGAAUUCCUUGGGGUCUUUUCCAGACUAUUACUACUACAUAUGCGUCUGAAGUAUGUCCGGUUGUGCUACGACCAUACCUGACGACCUAUGUCAAUCUUUGUUGGGUUAUUGGUCAAAUCAUUGCCUCGGGUGUUCUCAAAGCAAUGACCAGCCGUACUGAUGACUGGGGAUACAAGGUCCCAUUCGCACUACAAUGGAUGUGGCCCGUCCCAAUCAUGAUCGGUGUAGCCUUCGCUCCCGAGUCACCAUGGUGGCUAGUUCGCAAGGGACGGAUCGAAGAAGCCCGUCACGCCCUAGAACGUCUAACAGUACCCGGACAAGAUCCGAACUUUAACGUUGACGAAACUAUAUCCAUGAUACGUAGCACCAAUGAGCUUGAAAAGGAGAUUUCUGCGGGAACUUCUUAUCUCGAUUGUUUCACGGGCGUCGAUCUCCGUCGCACCGAGAUUGUCUGUCUGACAUGGGCCGCACAGCAGGUUUCCGGGUCAGCUUUCAUGGGGUACUCGACUUAUUUCUAUGAACAGGCUGGGCUGGCUACCAGUAAUGCAUUCACGUUGAGUAUGGUGCAGUAUAUCAUUGGUGCUAUCGGUACGUUACUAUCUUGGGUGUUCAUGGGCAAGGUUGGACGCCGAACACUAUAUGCCUAUGGACUUGGUGCCCAGAUGACGUUGUGUUUUAUCAUUGGGUGUCUGGGUAUCAUUCACAAGGGUAAUGUGGCUGCUCAGUGGGCUAUCGGCAGUCUCCUACUCGUGUACACAUUCUGUUAUGAUGCGAGCGUUGGCCCCGUUUGUUACUCGCUUGUUUCAGAGCUGAGCUCAACACGCCUGAGAGCGAAAUCUAUCGUCCUUGCGCGGAUCUCCUACAAUGUCACCGGUGUCAUUGUCAACAUUAUUACCCCGCGCAUGCUUAAUCCUUCAGCUUGGGAUUGGGGUGCUAAGUCUGGUUUCUUUUGGGCGGGUACAUCUUUUCUUUGUCUUGUGUGGGUCUUUUUCCGUUUGCCUGAGCCGAAGGGUCGAACGUAUGCCGAGCUGGAUUUGUUGUUUGAACGUAAGGUUUCGGCACGCGAAUUUAGCUCGGCAUUUGUGGAUCCGUUCUCUGUGCAUGAGAAAGAUCACGGGGAUGAGAAAAGGAUUAUCCAGCCUUCGGUAGAUAUCGUGGAGCACUUUUAG